AUGACUCCACAGCCGGCCUAUCAGAAUCUGAGGCAGCGUGUGGACAACUUCGUUGCAAACCACUUGGCAACUCAUACCUGGAGUCCCCAUCUCAAUAAGAACCAGCUCAGAAAUAAUAUUCGACAGCAAGUCCUCAAAUCAGGAAUGCUGGAAUCUGGUAUCGAUCGAAUUAUUUCUCAGGUUGUGGAUCCAAAGAUCAACCACACAUUCAGACCUCAGGUAGAGAAAGCUGUGCAUGAGUUUUUGGCCACACUAAAUCACAAAGAGGAAGCAAGCAGCAGCACGGUCCCGGAUGAUGAGAAACCAGACUCUUCUGUCACUACACAAGGUGCCCCUGCUCCUGGGUCCAGUGCCAAUGUCGCCAAUGAUGCCAUGUCGAUCUUGGAAACCAUAACUUCUCUUAACCAGGAAGCCAGUGCUGCCCGGGCCUCGACAGAAACGUCCAAUGCUAAGAACAGUGAGAGAGUAUCAAAGAAACUCUCCGUUCAGCCAAGCACUGACCUUAGCGCUGACAAAGAGAGGAUGUCAGAGGACAUGGCUGAUCAAGAAAAGGCAGUACCUGACUCUGGAGGGGAAACCCUAGAAACUGCCCUAAAGUCUGAAGAACUUAGUGAUCCUCCCUGCCAAGCUGAAGAAGUUAAAAAUCACACAAAAGAGAAUAAUGGCUUAAUUCUGCUAAACAAGGAUGUUCAACAGGAAAUCAGUGACCAAAAGAACAAAUCCACAGACAAAACUGAAAAAAAAACAGACAGCAAUGAAAAGGGAGAAAGAAAGAAAGACAAGAAAGAAAAGUUUGAAAAGAAAUUUGAUCAUUCCAAAAGGAAUGAAGAUAUACAAAAAGUAAAAGAUGAGAAACAAGCAAAGGACAAAGAAGUAGAGAGUUCAAAACCUCCUUCAGAAAAGAAUACUAGUAAAGCUAAAACUGUUGAAGGAACAAAAGAAGAUUGCUCUUUGAUAGAUUCUGAUGUGGAUGGACUUACAGACAUUACAGUUAGUUCUGUUCAUACCAGUGACCUUUCAUCUUUUGAAGAAGACACUGAGGAGGAAGUUAUAAUGUCUGAUAGCAUGGAAGAAGGAGAGAUUGCAUCUGAUGAUGAAGAGAAGAACAAACAGAAUAAAACAAAAGCUCAAACUAGUGAUUCUAAUGAAGGAAAACCAAAAAGCGUGCGGCAAGCUUAUGUUCACAAACCAUAUCUUUAUUCAAAGUACUAUAGUGAUUCUGAUGACGAACUCACUGUAGAACAGCGGCGACAGUCUAUUGCUAAAGAAAAAGAAGAGAGGCUCUUACGAAGGCAAAUUAAUAGAGAGAAACUUGAAGAAAAACGAAAACAGAAAGCAGAAAAGACAAAGUCUUCCAAAGCCAAGAAUCAAGGCAAAAGUAGCAUGGACUUAGAAGAAGCGUCAACAAAGAGUUUGGAACCUAAAGCCCCAGGAAUUAAAGAAGUCCUUAAAGAACGGAAGGUUUUAGAGAAAAAAGUAGCAUUAAGCAAAAGAAGAAAAAAAGAUUCACGGAACAUUGACGAGAAUUCCAAAAAGAAACAACAGUCUGAAGAAGAUUCCAAGGAGACUCUCAAAACAAGUGAGCAUUGUGAAAAGGAAAAGGGAUCUUCAAAGGAGUUGAAACAUGCCCACGCAAAAUGCGAGCCAAGUAAACCUACCCGGAGACUUUCAGAAUCUUUACAUUCAACUGAUGAAAACAAAAUUGAAUCCAAAGUAGAAAGAGAACAUAAAAGGCGGACAUCUACCCCUGUUGUAACGGAAGGGGCACCAGAAGAAACUGACACCAGAGAUGGAAAAAGGCAAGUGGAACGCUCUGAGAGUGGAACAGAAGAAACCCAGAAACAGAAAAGCUCACUUAAAAAUGAAAAAUAUCUAAAGAAAGAUGAUUCUGAAAUUCCACAUUUGAAAAAUCUACCUAAGAAAGAGAUAAAAUCUAAAGAGAAGGCUGAAAAAGAAAAAACUCCAUCAGAAGAAAAACUAUCUACAAAACACAAAUACAAGGGUGACAGUGUACAUAAAAUGGGUGAUGAGACUGAACUUCACUCUGAGAAAGGCUUAAAAGUAGAGGAAAAUAUUCCGAAACAAAAUCAACAAACUAAACUUUCUUCAGAUGACAAAGCUGAACGAAAGAAUAAACAUAGAAAUGAAAGGAAAUUAUCAGUGUUGGGCAAAGAUGGAAAACCAGUUUCUCAAUAUAUUAUAAAAACAGAUGAGAAUGUGCGUAAAGAAAAUAAAAAAGAGAGACAUUUAUCAUCUGAAAAAACUAAGGCAGAACACAAAUCCAGGAGAUCAAGUGAUUCUAAAUUACAGAAAGAUCCUUCUAGCUCCAAGCAACAUGGUGUCACAGUACAAAGAAGAAGCGAAAGCUACGCAGAAGAUAAGUGUGAGACAGACUCAACUAAUUUAGAAAGUAGUUUAAAAUCAGAAGAAGUUGUUCACAAGGAGAGGCGAAGAACAAAGAGUUUAUUGGAUGAAAAACUUACAUUGAAGUCUAAAUCAAAAAGUCAAAGUAAACAAUUAAAAGUUUCUGAAACAGAAUUACAAGAAAGUAUCACAAAACAAACAAUCACUUCAAAACCAGAUAAAGAGAAGAACACAGAAGAAACUGACUCAGAAAAACAACGCAAGUCUAAAGUUGAAGACAGACCUUUAGAAGAAGCUGGUGUUGAUCAUGUGUUAGAGGGUGCUCCUUCUUUAUCACAUAGUACACAGAAAGACUCAAGUCACAGAGCAAAGCUACCAGUGGCAAAGGAAAAAUAUAAAGGUGAUAAAGAUUCGAGUUCCUCCCGACUUGAAAGGAAAUUAUCAGAUGGACACAAAAGCAGAAACUUGAAGCACAGCAACAGAGACUUGAAAAAGAAGGAAGAAAACAAACCAGAUGAUAAGGAUGGUAAAGAAGUUGAAAGUAACCAUGAAAAGACCAGAGGGAAUGGUUCAGUCAUAGAAAAAAAGUUAAAUAGAAGGUUAAGUGAAAAUCGAAGAGGAAGCUUAUCACAAGAAAUGACCAGAGAAGAUAAAUUAUCAGGAAACACUUUGGCCACUCCCAGUAGUUCCUCUCUCCUGCGACCAAAAAAAAGUGGUGAAACCACAUUAAUUCCUGAACAAGAACCAAUGGAAGUUGAUUCUGAGGCAGUUGUUGAAAAUGUAUUUGAAGGCUCUAAAACUCAAGAUAGCAGCCAUAAUAGUUCCCAGCAAGACUUUGGGUCUGACCUUGCUACAAAACCAAAAACUACCACAGUUCUCAAAGAUGAAUUAAGAACUUCUGUAGUAGAUUCAAAAACAGCAACUGCAGCCUGUAAAUCAGGCCGUGGAGUGGGAAUUACUAGCAAUUCUGAAAAGCAUGCUGACCAUAACAGCACCUUAACCAAGAAAUUGCAUGUUCAGCAUGCUGUCUCUAAACCAAAUCCUGGGGAGAAAGAGUCCUUUCAGCGAGGAGCUCAUGAAGUGAAUGUGGGCUCAGAGACAAGUCUCAAAAUGUUCUCUAAUGCCCUGUCAGAAAGCGAUAGAGUACAGAACUUGAAAAGCACAUCCAGUCCUACUGAAGAACAUACUAGUCAAGAAGACACUGCUCUUGAACAUUCCAUAGACUUAAAUCCCUCACUAGCCUUAGGUUCAGUGAGUGUUUUGUCUCAGAAAGAAUCUGGUUCAGAACUGAUUUCUCCUCUGGGCAGAACUGUUGUAGAAGGUAGCAUAGCCAGCACCUCCCUUACAGAUCCCUCUGAUACCACUAACCAAAGUUUGCCUGUUAGGAAAUCAGAAGUCCCUAGGACAAGUUAUGGCAAAGAAAGUGGUGAUGCUUCCACAGUAGAUUUAUCAGGAAAAUCAAGCAUAGCUGGCAAAAAACACAUUUCAGAAGAUCACCAGGCCACUCUGUUAGACAGUAAACAAGGGAAAGCAAAUAUUAGUGUUGCUCACAGGUCAACAGACAUGAUGGUAGAAAAUGAGAAUGUUGUCAAAGAAUCUGGCUUUGUGGAUGUGGCCAAGAAAGAAAUUGACUUAAAUACAGAACUCAGUUUAAAGCAGACAGCCAUGGAAAAUGACAAGAAGGGUGACAUUACUGUUAAUCCUGUGGUAGGCAUAAGUACAGGAAAAGAUGCUGAAACAGAUGGACUUAGGCAUAAAGAUUCAGUUGAAAUGGAAACUCUAUCAACGGAUGUUCAGAAGAAGACUGAAAACAGUGAGGUAAAUACCAGUGGUCCCUCAGUGUCUGAGCAAAGGAAUGGGAAAACUCCAAAAGUAGCUGAUGGUUCUGGUAGAGCAGAAGAGACUUCUGUUGCUACUAGUACUGCAGAGAAGGACAAAGGCAUCUCCUUAAGCCCAGUAAAGGCUGGGGAUGCCACCACUUCAUUAAAAAACACAAAGAAGGGAGUGGUUUUGCCUUGCACCAGCAUUGAGGCGGAUGAAGGCUUUAUAAUAGGUACACAUCCCAGAAACAAUCCCCUAGGGGCUGGAGUGGAAGCCAGUGAAUGCACCAUUUUUGCUGCAGCGGAAGAAGGUGGGGGUGUUGUCACAGAAGGAUUUGCAGAAAGCGAAACUUUCCUCACAAGUACCAAGGAGGGAGAAAGUAGAGAGUGUACUGUGGCUGAAUCAGAAGACAGAGCAGCAGGCACUGUGUCUGCCAAUACAUUGAAAACAGAAGUUGAUAUAAACAGCGCUGUGACAGAGGAAAAAGAUGAUGCCGUAACCAGUGCAGGUUCAGAAGUAAAGUGUGAUGGUUCUUCAAGUAGAGACUCAGAAAUCAUUGAGGGGACUGUUGUUUUCAUUAAUGAAGUUGAAAGCGAUGGAGCAGUUACAAGUGCUGGGACAGAAAUACAAGCAGGAUCUGUGAGCAGUGAAGAGGGAAAAAGGACACAGAUGGAUUUCAAAAAAGAAACAGAGGGUACUGUGACAUGUACAGGAGCAGAAGGCAGAAAUGAUAACUUUGUUAUCUGCCCAGUGACUGGGGCCGAGCCCCAAGAGGAGCAUAUUGUUACAGGUGCCGAUGUGGUCCAGGUAGAUAAUAACAUACCCCCUGGGACAAGCUCCAUCCCCAGCAGAGAUGGUUCUGGAAAUGACAGUAUGGAAGGUGAGAGCGCAGUCACUAGCACAGGCAUAACAGAAGAAGAUGGAGAAGGGCCAGCAAGUUGCACUGGCUUGGAAGACAGCAGCGAAGGGUACGCAAUAAGUUCUGAGACUGAAGAAAGUGGAGAGAGUGCGAUGGGCAGCACAGUAGCCAAAGAUAACACUGAUGUACCCUUAGUGGCCACCAGUCCUUGUGACGAUGAGGACAUUGUGACCAGUACAGGUGCAAAAGAAGAAGAUGAUGAAGGGGAAGGUGUCGUGACUAGUACAGGAAGAGGAAAUGAAAUUGGCCAUGCUUCAACCUGCACAGGGAUAGGAGAAGAAAUUUGCGAGAGUGCAGAAGGGGAAGAUAGUCAGAUAGGUCCUACAGUAGUGCGCAUGGACAUAGAAGUCGGAGCAACUGUCAUGAGUGCAAAUGAAAGUAACAUUGAUAGCAUGAGCGGCUCAGAGAAGGAAAUCAAAGAGGUAGAGAUCUGUUCCAGUGCCAAAGGGAUUGUCGAGAGCAGCGUGACCAGUGCAGCUGCAGGCAAGAGUGACAUGGCCCCAGUUCCAGAAGGCCCCAUGACUAGUGCAGCUGCUGAUCCAACUGAUAGUCUACAGAGUAGGAAGGAAAGGGGCGAAGAUAGCACUAUCACCACUGGCCUGGUCGGGGGCAGUUACGAUGUCCUUGUGUCUGGGGCAGUCCCAGAAUGUGAAGUUGACCACACAUCACUAAGUGAAAAAGAAGACGAGGGCAUCAUCACCUCAGUAGAAAAUGAAGAGUGUGAUGGCCGCAUGGCUGCUACAGCCAGCGAUAUUUCCAACCAAGAUAGUUUAGCUGGCGGUAAAAGUCAAGGCAAAGGCUUGAUGAUUUCUACCAGUACAGCAAAUGAGUACACCCCUCAAGUAAGCAUAAUGGUAGAUGCAGGACAUUCAAGUACUCUGGGAACUGAAGAAAACACAGAAGGUGCCAGAGAAAAAGCGGAAGAAUUCGAGGCCCCAAUGCCCAGUGCUGUUUCAGAGAAUGAGACUCAACUCACUGCCAGCAGAAGGGAAGAGAAGGACGAGUGUGCCAUGAUUUCCACGAGCAUAGGGGAGGAAUUUGAAGUGCCUAUCUCCAGCGCAGUAGACAUCAAGUGUACUGAACAUCAGCAGCCAGUCGCAACCAUUGAGGAAAGAGCUACAGGCCCAAUCCUGGUAAGCACUGAGGACUCUGAGGUGCCUAUGCCUAGUGCUCCCACAGAAGUUGAAUGCCCUCUUGCCUCAACCAGCAAGGAAGAAAAGGAUGAGUGUGCUCUCAUUUCCACCAGCAUAGCAGAGGAGUAUGAGGCCUCGGUUUCUGGUGUAAGUGAAAACGCACCGUCUCUUACAGAUGGGAGUGCUGUCAUCUCCACCAGCUCCAUGGUGGACUGCGAAGGAGCCGUGUCCAGUGCCCCUCACAAAAAAGUCCAUCCCUCAGUCACACCAGCAGAGGAGACAAGCGACACUGCCAUGAUUUCCACGAGCACCUCUGAAGGACGCGAAGCAGUCAUGGUUGGUGUUGUCCCUGGGGUUGAGGGCCAGGCCACCAGUGAGAGAGUGGAAGACUCAAGUGAUGGCGCUAUCAUCUCCACCAGCACAGCAGAGUAUGUGCCGCUGGGAGCUGGCCUCAGCAGUCAGAAGGAUAAUCAGCCAGCUGCCCACAACUCAGACAGAAAUGACCUAGUCACUGUCAGAGUAAGCAAGUGUGAAGUCCCCAUGCCCAGCCUCAUGACGGAGAGUAAUGGACAGUGUCCUGGACCACUCACAGAAGGCAAAGACACAGGCCCUGUCCUGGCAGUGAGCACUGAGGAAGGUCAGGGAAGGCGGACAUUGUACGCACCCUCUGUGGGACAAAGCCAGCCAAGUGCUUUAUGUGCAAAAGAGAAAGACAGGUAUGGGAGGGACUGCCCUGGCCAAGGCCCAUUCACAGCAAGAGGACAAAACAGUAGUGCUCUGCACCUUGUAAAUCCAGAAGAGGAGAAGGUAUUGCUGAGUCCCAUUCACAGUGAUGACAGAAGCUCAGAGGCCGAGAUGGUAGGGGACAAUAAUUCAACCGGUUGUUCAGCAGAAAAGGUCUUGGAGAAGAGUUCUGACUCACCUGUCCAUCUGACAGGACCAGAGCAGACAUCCGCAGAAGAUCUCUCUCUCAAUCGUCGCCAUUUGGCUGCAAUAAAUACUGGUGCUAAAAAAGCUGACUAUGUACCGCUCACUAAAGACCCUGGAGCAGAAUACCCUACUGAGCAGCAGGCACUUGGGGACAACUUGAAAAGUGUUGCCGGCAAGGGUAGUGUAGGCCAAGAGUCAAAAAUUACACCUCCGAACAUAGCUAACCUUCCAGCUGCCUGCCAGGUAGCUCCAACAGCUCCGAAAGGUGAAAAGGAUUUAACUCCAAAGAGUGAUCACAGUGACAGAGGGAUUGCUGAAACAUCUGCUGAGAAAACAGGACACAGUACUGGCACAAGGAAGUUACGCCACAGAGAAGGAAACCUGGCAGUCACUGUUCCUGCUGAAGAAAAUGUGUGUGACAUAGGCAAUAUAGAGUCUCCAUCAAAUGUUCUGCGAGUGUCUGAACUGACAAACAACUUGAAAACUGAGACAUUUGUGCCUUCAGAGGAAGAAAAAAAUCAUGAAAUUCCAGCAGUAUCAGAAAGCCCCUGUGAGGGCAAGCUGAGUGAAAUAGCUGAGCUACAAAGGGAGUGUUCAUCGGAAAAGGAGUUACUACAUGUUGAAAACUCAGGCUCAGGAGUAAAGGAAGAACAUAGCAAAGCUUCUAACGAAGGAGAGAUAUCCAGUGGUAGAAAAGACACUGCAGAAACUGUAAGAGAUCACAGUGUUGAAACAAAUUCUAAAGAGGUUGAAGAAGAAGAAAGGCAUCUGCCAAAAAGAAAAAGAAAGAAGCCUUGCCCCUCCUCAGAAGACGAACUGGAUGAUAGUCCCCGUGUCCUGGAUUCCGGAAUGGAAACAGCACUGAGCCAGUGUUCCACGACUGAACCACAAGAUACAAAGGAAGAGAGCUCCGGAGAUCUGGAGGAGUUACCUAAAAUAAGUUCCAAGACAAACAGCAGCGCUACACAGGCCGAAGAAAAAGAUGAAUUUAGCAGCAGUGAAGCCACUGGUGACAGGACAGAGCAAAAUGAAGACGACGGCGUCAAAUCACAGGAAGAAGAUCAGCCGGUAAUUAUUAAAAGAAAAAGAGGACGACCUCGUAAAUAUCCUAUAGAAACAACAUUAAAAUCGAAAGACGACACCAAAACAGAUACUGGCAUUGUCACUGUAGAACAGUCUCCACCAAGCAGCAAGUUGAAAGUAACACAAACAGAUGAGUCCAAUAAAGAAACAGCCAACUCACAAGAAAGGAGUAUAAGCAAUGAUGACAAUGAAGAAAGACCAGUAGCCACUGUGCGUCGGAGAGGAAGGAAGCCCAAGCGCUCCCUCACACUGUCAGAUGACACCGACUCCUCAGAGCCAGAGAGAAAACGCCAGAAAUCAGUUUCUGAAGCAACUGAGGACAAAAAAGAUCAGGAGUCUGAUGAGGAAGAAGAGGAGGAGGAAGAUGAUGAGCCCUCUGGUGCCACCACCAGAUCCACCACCAGGUCUGAGGCGCAGAGAUCAAAGAUGCAGCUCUCGCCUUCUACCAAGCGCAAAAGAGAAGCCAGCCCUCCUGGGGCCCGAACGAGGGGUCAGCAGAGGGUGGAGGAAGCUCCUGGGAAGAAGGUGAAACGAUAAUGCUUCCUCAGGAGGAGGGAGGGAGGGAGAG